CACAAAGAGAACACACUUAGAACAUCUGGCUUAGAAACAGAAGGAAACACACUACAAGAUCAACGAGCUAGUUAGUGAUCAUUCACAAUGCUCUGCUGCCCGUGUUUGUGGUGGAAGUGGGCCCAGGUGUCUUCUUCUGUGUAUGUGAUAUCAUCAGAAAGCACCUCACCAAUAUCUACAGAGACGUCCCAGUCUGGUGAGGAAUCCCUAAAGAAGAAGCAGGGUGAUGCAAGCACAAUCUCCAGAUGGCCUUUCUGUAGGAAGAAGACCAAUGUCCAUCCUGUAGCAUAUACAGAAUGCUCAGAAACUCCAAGAGAAUCUCCACAAGCCCCAUCUCUGCAGAUAAGUGUCUUCUAUGUGGAUUCAAACACGAAGAAGGAAAAUGACCAAAAAAUGAAGGAAGCAGAAAGGAAGCAGAAAUUGGAAGACACAAUUCUUGUGCUUGACCAGGAGCUACAAAAGUUGAUCAUUUCUUUGCACUUGGAACGCCGUACGAGUGAUACAGAUCCAAAUACAUCCAGGCCUGAGGGAAACAGAGAUCUUUCUAAGGGAAACAAAAAGAGCGUGACUCCAGGUCCAUCUGUGGAACACCCAAAUGACAUGUCUGUGGCUGUGACAUUCACAGACAAGCAAAUGCUCUGUGGCGGGUUGCCUAAUUUUGGAAACAACUGCUAUGUUAACGCAAGUUUGCAGUGUCUGUUCAGAGCCGAGACUUUCUGCCAAGAGCUCGCCACCUUGCUCAAAGAUUACAUCUGUAGACCAGAGGCUAGGCUCCUCAGUUGUUUUGUGAGUUUGUGGAAGAAGAUGAACAAUCCUGGAGGUGGAAGGAGCAAGGAUUUUCUCCUCCUGGACCUGAUUAAUGAAAUUAAAGACAGCAACCCAGAGUUCAACAUCUACCAACAGAACGAUGCCCACGAAUUCCUCUAUCAGUGUUUGGUUCAAAUGGAGGAAUCUGGGCGAAAGCUGGGUUGGCAAAAUUGUGCGAACCCUGGAUGUCCAGUCAGGGCAAACUUCAAGUUCAAGAUCGGGAUCACUCUAUCAUGCUUCAGUUGUGGAACACAAGAGAAAUACCAAUCAAGCUGGUAUUAUUAUCUCUCUGUGCCCCUGGUGCACAACACACUGGACCAGUGCCUCUACAACACAGUUAAUAUGAAGAAAUUGUAUUUACGCAAGUGCAAGGUGUGUGACGGACAGUAUGCCAUCUUAAGCAAGGCGUUCAGAACUCUGCCCAAGUUUUUGAUUCUGCAGUUUAACAGGUGCAGUAAGGCCAAAGACUGCAAACCUCUCAAGGUGAACAAACAUGUGGUCAUCAAUCCUGAGCUGCAGAUAAACAUUCCAGGGCAGAGCUGCUCCUUGGACCCCAACAAACAGAAAAGCCUUUCUCAUAUAGAUGUUCCUCAACCAGAGAACAACAAAGCUGUGGCCAGAGAGAAAGGCAGAAAAAACACGAGCGAGAGAGAGACAGAAACAGUGAUGGAUGAAGUUGGACCAACCUCCACGUAUCGGCUGAUCAGUGUUCUGAGCCAUGUUGGACCCUCAGCUGAACAUGGACAUUUUGUGAGUGAUUGUUCGAGUAAGAGUCCUAAACAGUGGAUCACAUACAAUGACUUAAGUGUCACACCGAUCACCGAGGAGGAUGUAUUAAGGAAAAGGUCGUGUGACGCCUAUGUGCUCCUCUAUGAGAGAGUGAGCACUGGCUGAAGACAAAAAGCUGGAAGAAAGGUGCUUGGGCUUGGAAAGGUGUUAGCGCAAGUAAGGGGAUGUGGCAACAAGCAGGGAUGAUGCAAACGGGAGGUGGAGACUAGUGACUUGUGUACACAGGCCAUGAAGGGUCUUUUUCUGGGUUUUUCUAUCUAUGCUGAAAGUACAUGUGGCUAAUAUCUCAGUGGGAGUGAAAUACAGGUGAAAUGCCUUCAACGUCUCAAAAAGAAUGAAAGAACAGCCUCAUGUCUCAGUGAUAGGUUUGCCUUACAUGCUCUGUUGGCCAAAUGAUGAGUCACAUUGAGGCUGAACCCUGGGUUUGUUCCUUGUACACUGUAGAAAAAAAUCUGUGGGGAAAAUAAUUUUUAGUCAUUGUUUUAUUUCCUUUUAGUUCUAGCAUAUUUCUGUGGAUCAGAUAGAAUCAAGUUACAAUGCUAGUUCAAUUCAAACUUUACAUUAGUCUUGUGGUUCCUGUAUCUCAUUGAUAUGAAAGGAAAGGGCAAAGGUAACUCAGGAUAUCAUCUGUCCCUUUGUGUCGUCUGUCCCAUUGUUUCAUUUGGCAAUGGGGUUCAAGGUCCGAGUCAAGAAGGAAUGCCAAGCAUUAGAGGUGAAUUCGUUUCUAUGAUAAAGAAGGGGUCUGCAAAAGGCUACUGUAUGUUAAUGGGAUUAAGGGUGGGUGGAAGUCCAGGAUCUGCUGUGGGGCUGUUACAUCCUUUCAUGCUUUGAUUGUCACCCGAGUGUUUUUGUCUCUAUCUGAUGGGACUGCCCUCUAAAAUGUGUAUAUAUACAAUGUAUUACAACUUAAAGACAGACUUGAUGACUGCAGCGCCCGUGCCAGUAC